GAGGUAAUAUCAGGACCUGGUCUAAAGCACGUGGAAAAUGAUGAGUACAGUGAAUCUGGUCGUGGAGUUUAUCCCGAUGGGCUGUUUCGCAUCCUACUUAAGUUCAAUGAGCGAUACAAGAGCUUAAACAUACCUUUUAUCAUUACUGAAAAUGGAGUUUCUGAUGAGACUGAUCUGAUUCGGAAACCAUAUAUACUGGAGCACCUGUUAGCCAUAUACGCGGCCAUUUUAAUGGGUGUGCGUGUGCUUGGCUAUCUAUUCUGGACAACGUCGGAUAAUUGGGAGUGGGCUGAUGGCUAUGGUCCCAAGUUUGGGCUUGUUUCUGUUGACCGUGCUAAUAACCUAGCACGGAAACCUCGCCCUUCGUACUAUUUGUUCACCAAGGUUGUCACAACUGGAAAAAUUACGAGACAGGACAGAACAUCCGCUUGGAGGGAACUGCAAGAAGCUGCGAUUCAGAAGAAAACACGCCCAUUUUACAGGGAAGUAGAUAAACAUGGUCGUAUGUAUGCAGGGGGUCUAGAUCGGCCUAUUGAGCGAGCUUUUGUAUUGCGGGACUGGCGAUUUGGCCACUAUGAAAUAGAAGGCUUGCAGGAUCCUUUGAGUCGCUUUGUAAGAUGCGUUAUGCGACCAUUUCCACGCAAGAAGAUUCACUACAUUGAGGACGAUGCAAUUUCUUACUCUAUUUCUUCUUGAGACCUUCUAUUGUAGUUGCUAUUCAAGUUCUGUUUCUUUGGUUACAAUAAAAAAACAUCAAACUUUUGGGUAAUAUUUCCUCUGGAGGAAGCACAUAAGAAGUUCUGGCAAGUGGAAGCUUCACAUUUUGCAUUUUAAAUGUACAUGCUUAUACUGUUCACUGUAGUAGUAGAAGUACCUUGUAAUUUCCUUUUGCUUUAGUUUGUUCUUAUCCUCAGAACGUCUAAACAAGUUAAAUUCUUGAUUUGACUGAAGAUGCAGCUGAUUUUUUGCCAA